CUCCCUCCAAAGUCCAAACCUCUCAUCAACUCUGUCUCUGCUCUCACUUUCUUCUAUCUUCAUCUCUGAAGUUGCCAUGGCUGUGGCACAACUCUCACCUUCAUACACAGAAACUCGUUUUCUUUCUUCUCAACUCUCAUCCGCUUCAACCCGUCUCUACAGCCGCCGUCGGCAAGCACUGCGUCCCUCUUCCAAAGCACGCAACGCCAAAAUUGUGUGUUCUGUUGCACCCAAUGAAGUUCAGGCCCCAAUCACUCCGCAGACUAAAGGGACCAGAAACAAGCCCGACUGCUUCGGAGUGUUUUGUGUUACUUAUGAUCUCAAAGCUGAAGAGGAAACAAAAUCAUGGAAGAAAUUAAUCAACAUUGCGGUUUCAGGUGCUGCAGGGAUGAUAUCUAAUCAUCUACUUUUCAAACUUGCAUCUGGUGAGGUUUUUGGGCCAGAUCAACCCAUUGCAUUGAAAUUGUUGGGAUCUGAAAGGUCAUUUCAAGCACUUGAAGGAGUCGCCAUGGAACUGGAGGACUCCUUGUACCCCCUGUUGAGGGAGGUAAGUAUUGGUAUCAGUCCUUAUGAGGUGUUCCAGGAUGUAGAAUGGGCUCUUCUGAUUGGAGCAAAGCCUCGAGGGCCUGGAAUGGAACGAGCCGACUUAUUAGACAUAAAUGGGCAGAUAUUUGCUGAACAGGGAAAAGCACUCAAUGCUGUUGCAUCUCGUAAUGUUAAAGUGAUAGUUGUGGGCAACCCCUGCAAUACCAAUGCCCUUAUCUGUUUGAAAAAUGCACCAGACAUACCUGCAAAGAACUUCCAUGCUUUGACUAGAUUGGAUGAGAAUCGGGCCAAGUGUCAGCUUGCCCUCAAAGCUGGUGUGUUUUAUGAUAAAGUGUCAAAUGUGACUAUCUGGGGGAACCAUUCAACUACUCAGGUUCCAGACUUUUUAAAUGCUAGAAUCAAUGGCUUGCCUGUGACAGAGGUUAUAAAGGAUACUGCAUGGUUAGAGAAAGAGUUCACUGAGAAGGUCCAGAAGAGAGGAGGCGUGCUGAUUCAAAAAUGGGGUAGAUCUUCAGCUGCUUCAACUUCUGUAUCAAUUGUUGAUGCCAUAAAAUCCCUAAUUACUCCUACACCAAAGGGUGACUGGUUUUCUUCAGGGGUUUACACCAAUGGUAAUCCUUAUGGUAUUGCAGAGGAUAUUGUCUUCAGCAUGCCAUGCAGAUCAGAUGGAAAUGGUGAUUAUGAGCUUGUCAAAGAUGUGAUCAUUGAUGAUUUCCUCCGUGAGCGCCUAAAAAAGACUGAAGCUGAGUUGCUUGCUGAAAAGAGAUGUGUCGCUCACCUUACAGGGGAGGGUAAUGCCUACUGUGAUCUUCCUGAGGACACCAUGCUUCCUGGAGAGAUGUAACCACUUAUCAGAUAGAGUCCAUUCUCUAAAGUUUGGUGGAGGCUGCUGACAGGAGUGGCUUCAUCACAGAAUAGAAAUGUGGAUCGAGUCUGAUGCUUUUGGCUGUUGUAUGUAUAGUAUCAUAUAAUAAGUAUACCAAUAGGCCUAAGUGAAGAAUGUCUGACAGGAAAUAAAUCUGGUCGGCAAAUUUUUGUGGUUAACAUGACCUCCAAUGUAGCAUCUUUGAGCUGGUAUAGCGGUGCCUUUUUUUACCUUUUGAUCCACCAGUUGGGUAUGUUUAGAUCUGGAGCAUAUUUGGAUGUGUUGUUUACUUGUAGAGCUUUAAUCUUGUAUCCUAUUUUGUACAAGCCUGAGUCUGACAUUAUUGAUGCUUAGUGCUUUUGGUGUCAA